AUGGAUUUUUUUGAAGCACGUCUAGAUAGAAUUGAGGCACAGAGGUCAAUGGAUGUGUCUCAGGAACAAUGGAGACAAAGAUACACACCUUUGAAUCUGAUAAAGAGCAGCUUACGUACACUCAGAUCACGAGGUUUAAUUCAAACCGGUGGAGAAGACACGACACCACCUACAGAAGAUUCCGAAUCCUUGCCCGACUUCUUUAUCAAUGUUAGAUUGUCGGAUGUUUUCGACAUCCCUGGUGAAUAUGUGCAGAUGGAUGCAGAGAUGUUUAGUGCACUGAGUGAUGGGAACAAAGAGUGGCUGGAGAAAUUGAGAAACCAUGAAACGCCAAUGGCAUGUCUCAAAAGCCAUCGAGGAGAUUCUGUUCUCCACCUUGUUGCUGCUUGGGGUCAUGUUGAAGCAGUGAAGAUCAUUGUCUCUGAAUGUCCGUGUCUUCUAUUGGAACCAAACUCAAAGGACCAGCUUCCACUUCACGUAGCCGCUCAUGGUGGACACUUAGCAGUUGUUGAGGCUCUUAUUGCGACAGUGACAUUUGUUUCAGGUACACUGUCCGAAGAAAAGAGAGAGAUUCUGAAUCCAUAUGUUGUGAAGGAUAUAAAUGGAGAUACUGCUCUGCACUUAGCCUUGGAAAGACGCUAUAUGAAGACAGCUUCCUCUCUAGUGAAUGCCAACCAACAAGCUUCGUUUCUUGCGAAUAAAAACGGAAUAUCUCCCUUGUAUUUAGCAGUUGAAGUCGGAGAUGUGUCACUUGUAAAAGCAAUGUUGAAAAUUACAGAAGAAGAUGGCCCUGAAUGGAGAAACACAAAUCUUGCUUCACAGUUGGAAGGGAAAAAAUGUCUUGCCCACGCUGCUUUGAAGUCCAGGAGUAGAGAAACCCUUAAUGUUAUUCUUGAUGAAUUCCCAAGCCUUGUGGAUGAGCUAGAUGAAGAAGGAAGGAAUUGUCUUUUCAUUGGAGCAUCCAUUGGGUAUUAUGGAGGAGUAUGCAACCUCUUAGAUCGAUCCACGAAAUGUGUUUUUGUUUGUGACUAUGAUGGAUCUUUUCCAAUUCAUAAGGCUGUAGAGAAUGGUCAUAUGAGAGUCGUCAUAAAGAUUCUAGAUUGUUGUCCACAUUCAAAGCACCUGCUCAACAAAAAAGGUCAGAACAUUCUUCACAUUGCAUCUUAUACUGGGAUGAUUCAUAUUGUAAGACAUUUGAUGAAAAGUGGAGAAACUAACCAUCUGGCUAAUGAGCAAGAUGAGGAUGGGAAUACACCUCUGCAUCUAGCCACCAUAAAGUGGCGGCCUCGAGCUAUUUAUAGCCUUGCAGGGCCAAAAAACCUGUUGAGACAGAAUAAUGAGGGCUUAACAGCUCUGGAAAUUGCCGAGUUAAAUCUGCAGUCCUGUUACAUAUAUCGAGAGAGGUUGACACUGGCAGCCUUAGCACACAGUCACGCCGGAAGCGAUCCUGGAUUCAUGCAAACUCUAACAACACGAUCAGUUCCUUUGGACCGUAAGGGGAACAAAGAGUACAUCAACGCUCUUUCAAUGGUUGCAGCUCUUGUGGCAACUGUGACGUUUGCAGCUGGUUUUACAAUACCAGGCGGCUUUAAAAGCUCUGCUCCGCACUUGGGCAUGGCGGCUCUAGCAAGCAAUCCUCGUUUCAUAAUUUUUCUGAUAUUUGACAUCUUGGCGAUGCAAUUCUCACUUCUUGCAUUGGUUGCUCUAAUCUUGGCGCAGUCGGAGGAUCCUGCACUAUAUCACAAGUCCCUAAGAAUAGCUUUGCCAUCACUGUAUUACGCUCUAUAUUUCAUGGCGUUUGCAUUCUUUUUCGGCAUGGUUAUUGCAGCUGGGAAUCUUAUUGUGCUUAUCGUCGUUGAUUUUUAUAUAUGUUUCACCAUCUUUGCUGUGACGUUGUUUAUCUUUAUACCUCACGUGCUCCUUCAGGCACUUGGCAUUCGUGCUGUAUGUGGUCGCUUCUUUUUCUAUUUCGUGAGGUAUGCUGAUGACUAUGGAGAUGAAAGUUACCAGAGCUCUACUCAGAGGUCUGUGAAGAUCCCAAGAAAUGAUCAGGUCGACAUGCCAGACACUAGUUAA